AUGUCGCCAGACUCACAUGGAUAUGUUGAAGAGGGAUUUGGCAAGACUGCUCAAUCAGGUGCGCCGACUGUCAAAUCGAAUCAUCGAGGCGUCCGAUGGACUUUCAAAAGGACUGGAACUGCUGGCUCUGAAUUGCGAGACAACCAAGGACGAGGUCAAAGAAUACUUUCACAGGUCUCCGAUUUCCUAACAAAUAUCAAGUGUCAGCGUUCGUUUGCCAAGUGUCAGUAUGCAUGUCAUAUUUCCAGACAUCAGCGUGAUUUGAAGAAACGCGAAGAUGCGUUCCUUAGUGAAAUCGACACAUUUCACGCGACUGAAAGUCGUCUAAUGAGCAAUCUUCGCGAUGUACUCGAGAUCGAAUCGUCAAAUAUGAGUGAAGCUGUAGCUCGGCUUGACGCUGUUAUCAAGGGCGAAUGCACACUUGAGGAUGCUGAGUUAGUUCGACUGAAAACGACGUUUGCUGAAGGACUUGAAUAUCUCCGAAACUUUCAGCCAGAUGCAGAUGAGCUCUUCAAUCGAAAACUACGCUUUUCGGCCGGAGAGGACGCUGCCAGACUGCCUCAGGCGAUCACUACCUGUGGAGAGUUGUGUGUACUUGUACCGCAAUUUGCAGGGAGGACUGUUCUGUUUUAUUUCCCAAAUGAACCCGCACUUCUUUCCGAAGACGCGGCUCUUUAUUAA